AUGGUGAGAGGAAAGAUAGAGAUGAAGAAAAUAGAAAACGCUACGAGUAGACAAGUGACUUUCUCAAAAAGAAGAAAUGGUUUGUUGAAGAAAGCUUACGAGCUCUCAGUGCUCUGUGAUGCUCAAGUCUCUCUCAUAAUCUUCUCUCAGAGAGGAAGGCUUUACGAGUUCUCUAACUCUGACAUGCAGAAGAUGAUCGAACGGUACCGCAAGUAUACAAAAGAUAAUGAAACCAACAACCACGAUUCUGAAAUUUACAUACAGCAAUUGAAGCAAGAAGCAAGCCAAUUGAUCACAAAGAUUGAACUCCUUGAGUUUCACAAGCGGAAGCUAUUGGGUCAAGGACUUGCUUCUUGUUCUCUUGAAGAGCUUCAAGAAAUUGAUAGUCAACUCCAAAGAAGUUUGGGCAACGUCCGAGCAAGAAAGGCACAGUUGUUCAAAGAGCAGUUGGAGAAUCUAAAAGCAAAGGUAUAA